AAAUUCUGGGCGUAUUGAAAAUCUGUUGAGCGUGUCGGUUUUAUCAGAGAAUCGUAAAAGAGAGUAGAGACGGAAACGAGAAAUGGCGGCAGCAGCAGCUGAAGGACGAGUCAUCCGCUGUACCACCAUUGAUUCAUGGAACCACCAAAUUCAGAAGGGCAAUGCCUCUCAAGAACUGAUAGUUGUGGAUUUCACUGCAUCAUGGUGCGGUCCAUGUCGAUUUAUUGCACCGUUUGUAGACGAACUUGCUCAGAAAUUUCCUAGUGUCACAUUUCUCAAGGUUGAUGUGGAUGAUCUGGAGUCGGUGGCAAAAGACUGGGGGGUGGAGGCAAUGCCUACUUUUAUGUUCCUGAAAGAGGGAAGCAUUGUGGACAGGGUGGUUGGAGCUAAGAAGGAAGAACUGCACCAGAGAAUAUUGAAGCACAUGGCUGCUACUGCUUCUGCCUGAUAUUCCCACCAACGAUAAACAACUUUAUUACACUAUGAACUCGCUAUCAUUUUCUAUACUUGAUUAUCAAUUUCUAUCCGCUCGCUUUGUUGUUAGAACAUGGUAUAUUCUCCCUUUUGAAGUGGUUUAUAUUGUUUGUCUUUUCUUCUUUCUUUAAGUUGUAAAAACAAUAUUAUUGUUGCAUUAGUAUAAUUGGGACUUGGGAAUCUGAUAUUCAAUUUUCUCCAUAAGGAAAAGAAAUCGAUUCUUUAGGAGGAAGAUUUGCUUAA